AACUGAAAAACGGGGCGGAUAGGGCUCAGAGGCUGACAUGGAAGGAUAUUUAUAAUAUCGAAAAUGUUUAGUGAAAAUAAUUCCCCGAGCAAUUCAAUUGUAACGUUAAAAGAAAUGUUCCACUAUCUACUCCUAUGACCUUUUCCACGAGGUAAAUAUAGCUUAGCGAAUUUGACCACAGCUACAACACUGAAGUCCUCUGUAUUUACGGUCAUUAAUCGAUAAAGUCGCGGCGUCCUCGGCCCUCGCAGACGAGUUGCGCAGAUGAGAAGGUGAAGCGUGGAUAACACAUACUGUUAUUUAAUACGUGCAGUUGUUUUGAUAUUGUUGAGUGACCGAUUACAAAGCUUAAAUAAUUACAAUGAAUCAACUAAAAAUUGAACAAGAAUUGCAAGAACUUGCUUAUGAUAUCGACUUUAUCAAUAACUCUGAUAAUGCGAUCCCACCACGGCUCUCCAGGAAACUGAAACGCAUUCCGCGUCUGUCGAUGUUGGAAAUGAUGUUUGAUGAACCAUCUAGUAGUGAAGAUAACAAUAAUUACAUGAGCACUCGGAACUCGACAGCAUCAUCGAGGCAAAGGUGUUCCAGACAUGCAGCUACUAAUACCACAGUUACCAGAACCGGACCUGCACAAAAUGUUAAUAAUGGACGAACACCAACACUAGCUCUAUCCGAACAGCAAGAAGAGACUAGAGCAUCAGAUGCAGCAGCAGAAGAUACCGUCAUGCAGGACAUUAUUCCACACACUGGCUUAGCCGAGCCUGAAAGUAAUGAUGGUAGAGUUAGGACAAGAACCCAAGAAUCUCAAAAACCAACAGUACUCCCAAGUACAUCUUCAGAUGAUGAUGCAAGUAAUGUGAUGGGGCAAAUAAUUAAAAGAAUAUUCUUUUCACUAACCCAAAGUAACAAUUCGAAAUUUUCAAAACCUCCACCACCAAAUCCAAGCCCAACAGAAGAUCCUGAUGUGAUUAUAAUAGAACCAUCCUCUGAAACAGCAACGCCAAAUAAUACAAGAAUGAAUGUGCAAGAAAACAGAGUGCCGCAACAAGGUAAUUCAAAUGUCAAUAACAAACAUACAACUCGUUGUCCCAGAGCUCUGCAGAUGAAACGCACUUACAAUUUGCGAAGCUUAAAUAAGAGUCACAUCAAUCUUGCAAAAACUGGAACUGAUAAACCACAACUUGAUGCUAGUGUAAGAAAUGAGAUAAGGAAAGCCCUUAUGAAAGAAAAGCAAUCUGACAACAAUAUGUUAUAUAGCAAGAAAACAAGAAAAAUAGUUAAGAAAUCUACGAAUUCCGUACAUAUUUACAACAUUAUUUUGAAAAAAUGUACGCAUCCAAAAGUUUCAUUAGCAUCAAGGGCUAAAAAACCUACUCCUGCAAAAGAAAGAAAUUUUGGGGAGUGUCCUGUAUGUCUGGACAAGUUGGAUAUUACAACACUUAGAUCCACACAGUGCGGACAUGUCUUCUGCGUUAGCUGCAUAAGUAAUGUAUAUAAUGCAGGUGAUGCAAAAUGUCCAACUUGCAGAGGAUUAUUAAAACCUUAUGGCUACCACAAGUUGUAUCUGUAAGAAUUUACUAUAAAUAACAUCAUUUAAAAUAGGUACCUUCUGAUAAAUGCACAAUAGUGUAUUUCAACUAACACAGGCUAUUGUUUUUAUGCUUUGCGAAUUCUAUCUAAGUGUAAUUUUUGUCUGUGAUAUUUUUGUUAUAAGGACACAUUGUUUGGUGUCAGAUUUAGUUGUUUCUACAAAAUACUUAAAGAUGCGUAUACAGUGGGUAUAUCUUAGUUUAGUUCAACUGCUUGUGUUUUUGAUUAUUGACUAUAAAUGUGCAAAUUAUGAUCUGAAAAGCAUGAUAACAACUUAUUAUUACCAAUAUUUUGCCAAGUAUAGAGAAUAAACAUCCACAUCUUGUAUGUAUAGUAGGGCUUGCUACCUCAGAUAUAAUUUGAUUUGUGACAAUUUGCAUGCUAUGCAUCUAACAAAAUAAUUGAAAGCAAAUUGCUCCUAAAAGAUUGCAAAUAGAUUCAAAAGCUACAAAAAUUAAGUUAUAUUGUAUACUAAAUCAUUAUGAGGCUCUAAAAUUGCACAUUACAAAAAAAUUACAUGGCUACAA